CAACUCUAAACCCUACACACCCUGCCCGACGCACCGCCGCCGGCCGCCCCGUCCCCGCCUUUGCCCGCCUCGCCGCCCUUGCUCGUCGCCGGCGGCCCAUCCUCCCAGGAGGCUCCUCCGCACCUGCCUCUCCGUCGCGCCCUCGGCCUACCCCGGCCGUGACCCUGCUGCCCUGCCGCGGCCCUGCAAGCCGGCGGCAGCCACCCACCGCCCAGUCUGCACUCCGGCACUCGGCUCAGCCUGAUCUGAGAAUUAUUGAAGAAAUGCAGGCUUCUUUUAUGCAAAGCUGAGACUUGAAUGAGAAUUCUAGUGUGUUUGUGGAUCACCCUGUUGUAAAUUAAUUGCUAGCUCCGCCACUGCUCGUCGCCGGAGAAGAACCAGAGAUGGGGGGCGGGCCGCGGACGUUCCCUGGGGGGCUGUCCAAGUGGCAGCACAAGCGGAUGCACGAGAAGCUGGCGCGGGGGAAGGAGCGGGGCCUGCUCCGCCAUGAGAAGCAGCUCUACCUCGCCCGCCUCCGCUCCGAGAUCCGCGCCUCCCACCUCCCCGGCGCCCCCGCCUCCCCCGCCGACCAUGCCGGCCCCACCUCCUCGCGCGCCCACAUCCGCGCCCUCGCCGACCGCUUCCUCCGCCCCGGCGCCGAGGACCUCUGGAACGACGACGACGGCCCGCUACGCCGCGCGCGGCUCCCCCCGCAUCAGCAGCAGCCAGCGAGGAGCCUGCCGUCUGGCGCCCGGAUGGUCGACUGGAAGCAGGUGGAGUCCGGGGAGAAGCUGAAGCCGCCCCGGGGAGGAGGGGACUGGAAGGACUGGGAGGAGCUGGAUUCUGGGGAGCCGACAGCGGGAAGGGGAGCCGGAAAUGAGCAGCGAUUGCCCGCCGCGUUCAACCAGAGGAGAGGGUACGGGACAGCCGCUCCCUGGUGGUGGCAAUGGAGCCCGGGCUCCGGCACGCCUUCGCAGAGGAAGGAGGCGUCCUUCGGCUUCUUCGGUCCGAAGAGAUGCUACUCGAUGAUGCCUCCAUGCUCGCCGUGCCGGGAAUCGGGUGCUGUGCUGAUGCCGUUGGUUGCUAGACAGCUCGCCGAGGCUGGAGAUGGCAGGAAUGCGACACCGUUGGCUCUGUUUUAUACUCAGGAGAGGUUGUACUCUGUAGCAGCCCCACGGCGGUUUGGCCAGAAAUGGAGGCCGGAUUCAUCGGACGAGGAUGAGGAGGUUAUGCCGGCUGCUAGGGAUCUGAGGUUGGCAAAAUUCGUGGCUUCGAGGGAAGAUGAGUCGGAAGAUGAUGAACCGGGGGAGACGAGCGCCAUCAGGAGGAAAUGGAGCACUGCUGCUCUGAGGAACUGUGAUAUGAAGAGAGAUAGGAGACCGCUCAAGUCCUACGAGGAGGAAAGCGAUGAUGAUAUCACUGGUAGAAUCCAAGAGCUGCGAGAGGAGAUAAGAAACAGGGAGGUGCUGGGUGCUGAGAGGAGGCGGUACGAGUCAAGGGGUGAAUCUGUGUUUACCAAUAAAAGAUUCGAUGAGUGUGGCAUCUCCCCACUUACUGUCAAAGCACUCACUGAUGCUGGAUAUAUACAGACAACUGUUGUCCAGGAAGCAGCUCUUCCAGUUUGUCUCGAAGGUAAAGAUGUUCUUGUCAAGGCUAAAACUGGAACCGGCAAAAGUGUAGCUUUUCUGCUUCCUGCAAUUGAAUCAGUCUUGAAUGCCAUGAAGAGCCAUACAAAUCAUCGAGUGUCUCCAAUAUUUGCCCUUGUUCUAUGCCCUACAAGAGAGCUUGCCGUCCAGGUUACAGCUGAGGCGAAUGUUUUGGUGAAGUACCAUCAUGGAGUGGGUGUUCAGUCUCUUAUUGGUGGCACUAGAUUCAAGCUUGAUCAAAGACGGUUAGAGUCCGAUCCAUGCCAGAUUUUAGUGGCAACACCUGGUAGGCUGCUGGAUCAUAUUGAAAACAGAUCUUCAUUCUCUGUCCGCUUGAUGGGAUUGAAAUUGCUUGUGUUGGAUGAAGCUGACCACUUGCUAGAUUUGGGUUUUCGAAAAGACAUAGAGAAGAUUGCUGAUAGCUUGCCACGCCAAAGACAGACACUACUAUUUUCAGCUACUGUUCCAAAAGAGGUUCGAAGGGUUUCACAGAUGGUUUUAAACAAGGAUCAUGUUUUUGUUGAUACAGUGGGCUUGGGGGCUGUUGAAACUCCUACUAAGGUACAACAGCAAUAUCUCGUGGUACCACAUGAACUGCACUUUCAUAUGGUUCAUCGCCUUCUUCGAGAGCAUAUUGAUCAGGAAGUGGACUAUAAGGUGAUAGUUUUCUGCACAACUGCCAUGGUGACUGAAUUUAUGUAUAUAAUGCUUCGAGAUCUGAAGCUAAAUGUCAGAGAGAUACAUUCAAGAAAGCCCCAGCUUUAUAGAACACGUAUUUCUGAAGAGUUCCGGGAUUCCAAUCGCCUGAUUCUGGUAACAUCAGAUGUUUCAACACGUGGAGUGAAUUAUCCAGAUGUUACCCUAGUGAUUCAGGCUGGUGUUCCUCCUGGUAGAGAGCAUUAUAUUCAUCGUCUUGGAAGGACUGGAAGGGAAGGUAAAUCCGGGAAAGGAAUUCUGUUGAUUGCGCCAUGGGAAGAGUAUUUCUUGAAGGAGAUACAUGAUCUUCCAAUACAGAAGGCUCCUGUGCCACAGAUUGACCAGGAGAUGAAACAAAAGGUUGAUGAUUCGAUCAAGAUUGUUGACAUGAGCAUCAAGGAAGCCGCAUACCAUGCAUGGCUUGGUUACUAUAACUCGAUAGCUGAUAUUAGCAGAGACAAAGUCAUGCUCGCUGACCUGGCUAGUAGGUUCGGCGUCUCUAUCGGCAUGGAAAAGCCUCCGACGCUGUUUAGGAAAACCGCCUUCAAGAUGGGGUUAAAGGGUGUACCAGGAAUUCGGAUAAGAAAAUGAAUAACCAAGCUACAUUUUAUCUCCCAUUCUGUAAUUCGUCUUAUUUCUAAUUUUCACUACAUCAAGUCUGAAACUGAUCGAUGACUUGUUGACUGGCUCAAACGAAGAACGACUCUCACAUUUUUCUUA